AUAAGUAGAAGCGAAGAUCCACACUUUCUUUUGAGUUGGCAAUUAGCACUGUCCGUUUGACGCAAAAAAAACACAAAGACAGUGAGGGGCGUAAGCUAAAGCCUUUUCUCCCUUUUCAUCAUCUAAUCGGCGGUGGGGUUUUGAAAUUUUUGGUGUUUUUCUUUGGUUGGCAGCGUUGAAGGAAUGGCUUCAGAUCCUAAAGUGCACAUUUUCGAGGAGGUUGCCAACCACAACAAAACCAAAGAUUGUUGGCUGAUUAUUUCUGGGAAGGUUUAUGAUGUAACUCCGUUCAUGGAUGAUCAUCCUGGAGGUGAUGAAGUUUUGCUGUCAGCUACUGGGAAGGAUGCCACCGAUGAUUUUGAAGAUGUGGGUCACAGUGAUUCAGCAAGAGAAAUGAUGGAAAAAUACUAUAUUGGUGAGAUUGAUCCAAAAACUGUCCCGGCAAAGCGCACUUACAUUCCACCACAGCAAACGCCUUACAAUCCCGAUAAGACCCCUGAGUUUGUCAUCAAGAUCCUACAAUUUCUUGUUCCCCUCUUGAUACUGGGCUUGGCUAUUGCGGUACGUCACUAUACCAAGAAAGAGUAGCUUAUUACUAUACAGGACUUUACCUGUUACGAGGGAAGAAUCAGUGUGUCUCAUCUGUUAGUUGAAAUAGCACAGUCAUAUCUUUUGUUUAAUUUCCUUUUAGCAUUUGUGUGUCGAACUAAAUACCUGUUGAUGAUAUGCUCCAUUGUCAAAAGACAAUAUAUUUGAGCAUAUUUGAGCCCCCAUUUAAGUUAGCAGGGAAACCAGACAAUGUUUAAUAUUGUUGGAAUUUAAAAGCAGGAGCAUGUUUUUAUAA